AUACAAAGUACAAAAUAUAUUAGUCAUCGUUUGAUUCUUUUUUUUUUGAGUAAUUUAAAUAAAGAAUUUUGAUUUUUGAUUUCUAGAUAGUAGAUAGUAUUAACUGACAAAUUAAAAAGUUUAGUUCUGUAUAGCAUAAAUUAAUAUUGAUUUUAUAUUCACCAGUCAAUAAUUAUAUUAAAAAGUGAAUAAAGAUUAGUCGUAAUGGGAAAAAAUAAAAAAAAAGGAGCAUCACGCAUCGAAAAAGCAUCUGCUAAAAAAGAAAAAAAAAUAGCUCAAAGGAUCAAAAAAGAUAUAGGAAAAAUUGGAGAGCCUGAGGUAUCUACUAUAGUGGCUCAUAUUGAGGCUAAAAACAAGUCAAAAAUUAAAGUGACUGAAACAAAAAUUGAUAAUCCAUCAAGGAGAUCAAAUUUUUCAUUUGUUCCACAUCCAGAUAAAGAUGAAAUUAUUCUAUUUGGUGGUGAAUUCCAUAAUGGUAAAAAUACGAUAAUGUACAACGAUUUAAUAUUUUAUAAUAUUAGUCAUAAUACAUGGACGUUAGUGGAUGCUCCUGGUGCACCACCUUCUAGAUCAUCUCACUCUGCAGUAAGUGUUGCUGUAGAUAAUGGACAGUUGUGGAUUUUUGGUGGAGAAUUUGCUAGUCCUUCAGAAUAUCAAUUUUAUCAUUAUAAUGAUUUAUGGGUUUUUGGACUAAAGAAUCGAAAUUGGACAAAAAUUAUGGCUGAAGGAGGACCUUGCGGUCGUAGUGGGCACAGAAUGGUACUUAGCAAACGUCAUUUGGUAUUAUUUGGCGGAUUUCAGGAUAAUACUCAUAAUUAUCAAUAUUUUAAUGAUUUAUAUGCAUUCAGUUUAGCUGACUAUAAAUGGAAAACUAUCAAAACUUCUGGACAAGCCCCUUCACCAAGAUCUGGUUGUCAAAUGUUUGCUAUGGAGGAUGGUAGAAUUAUAGUAUAUGGUGGUUAUUAUAAAGAAAAAGUAAAAAAAGAUUAUGACAAAGGAACAAUUUUAAUUGAUAUGUACAUGUUGACUCCUGAAAAAGGCGAUACAGAUUUUUCAAAUUAUCGUUGGUCAAAAGUGAAACAAGCUGGUUCUUUACCAACUGCUCGUUGUAGUUUAUCUGGUUCACCAAUCUCUGGACAUAAUAAGGCAUAUAUAUUUGGAGGUGUUUAUGAUGAAGAAGAGGGAGAAGACGAUUUAACUAGUACAUUCUAUAAUGAUUUAUAUAUGUUAGAUUUGGAACAAAAUACACCCACUUGGAGAUUAAUUUCAGUUAAAGAACAACCGAACAAAUUAACAUCUGAAGAACCUCAAAGUUUGAUCAAUUCAGAGAAACCAACUCCGCGAUCACAUAGUGGACUUGCAUUUAAACAUAAUACUUUGUUUGUCUAUGGUGGAAUUGUUGAAAAAGGCUCAAAAACACUAACACUUAAUGACUUUUAUUCAUUAGACAUCAAAAAGUUAAAAAAAUGGAAUGUGAUUUGCAAUGAUGAUAUUUUAAAAACUGUGAAUUCAGACAGCUCUGAUGAUAAUAUGUCGACUGAUGACUCGAGUUCAGAAUCUUCAGAAUCUGAUGCAUCAUCAUCUUCAGGACAAAUGGAAACUGAUUGAUUUAAAAUUUACCAUUGUGGAAAUAACUUUGAAAGAUAUAAUAUAUUGUUUGAUUAUUAU